AUGUCAAAAUAUUCACUAAACAAUAUUGCAAUAGGAUUAGGAAAAUUUAAGUUUAACUGUAGAGAAGUAUUUACUUCAGGAAACAAUUUAUAUCGUAUAAAUCCAGUUGAACAAAAUGAAAAGGGAUCAAAAUGUUCAAAGAAUAAUAAUGAAAAGGAAAAACAAAAAAAAAAUUGGGAUUCUAUGGAAAGACUUAUGUAUGAUUUAACAAAAGGAAAAAUUAAAGCAGAAAAACAUUAUGUAUACACAAUAGAUGGGUAUAGGUUAAAUAUAUAUCGAAUUGUAUCUGCAAAAAAAAGUAUAUGUAAUCAUGACGAAAUUAAAAAAAAAGAAGUUUUUUGUUUAAAUCAUGGAUUAUUUGAAUCAUCUAUUAAUUAUACUUGUAAAGGAUAUAAUUCUUUAGCUUUUCAAAUUUUUGCAAAUAAUUAUGACGUUUGGAUAUGUAACAACAGAGGAAACAGUUUUACAAAAUAUGUAGGGAAAAACAUUGCCUUAAAAAAAUUAUUUAAAAAAUAUAGUAGUGAAGAUUUAAAAGAUUUAGGAUUUAAUCUAAGCAAUUACAUUCCUAAAAAUAUGAAUAAGGAAAUGGAAAAUAAAAGAAAAAAAAAAAAAAAAAAAAAUGAAAAAUAUGAGGAAAAUAAUAAUAAUUCAUAUAAUGAAAAUUAUAGUUUUAUUUAUAAUAAUGAAAGUAUCCUUAAUGAUAAAAUUUAUGAUCCAAUUAAAAAAAAAAAAGUUAAAAAUGGGUUAAUAGAACAUUUUAAGAAUUCUAUAAAAAAUAUAAAAAGAAAUAAUUCAGAGUGCAUUCAUAAAUUGUCUACAAUUGAAAAUAAUGAAGAAGUGCAUAAUGAUAAUUAUCGUGAUAAUGAAAAUAAAUUAUUUCAUAAUUUAAAAAAAAGUAAUUCGUACUGUUAUUUUACAAAAUGUAACUCAAAAAAUGUAAGUAGUGAUAGUCAUUAUAAUAAAAAUAAUUAUAGUAAAAAUUAUUUUAAAUUUAAUUCAUUAUGUAGUUACCUUCCAAGAUUUAGAAAUUAUAAUAUUCAUAAAAAUAAUGAGGAAACAGAAGAAGAUAAAUCUUUUUUUAGAUGUCAAACAAAUAAUACCUAUAUUCAUGAAUCAAAUAUAAGAUACGAUUUUAUAAGAAAUGAUUUGAAUAGUUCUACAUCUACAUUUCCUUUUGAUAACUCAUUAUAUUAUAAUAAAACAUCUUACAGUGCAAAAUAUUUGAAAAAUCAUGAAAAUGAAAAAAAAGAAGAAGAAGAAGAUGAAGAAGAUGAAGAAGAUGAAGAAAAAGAUGAAGAAGAUGAAGAAGAUGAAGAUAAUAGUGAUAAUAAUAAUGUAAUUGAUGAUGAAAUCUCAAAUGAAGAAAAACAUAACUGGACAUUUGAGGACAUGAGUACUAAAGAUCUACCAUCAAUAAUAAAAUACAUAAAAAACGAAACAAAAAAGGAUAAAAUAAUAUUUGUUGGUUUUUCUCAAGGUAGUAUACAGCUUCUAAUAAGUUCUUGUUUAAAUGAUUAUGUAAAUAAUAGCAUUAAAAGAUGUUAUUUAAUGUCAUUACCCAUUAUAUUAAGAAGUAAAUAUGAUUUACUUAAAUCUAUGAAGUUAUUAUUACUUUUAUCUAAAUGCUCGAAUGCAUUUUUAAAAGGGAAAACAUUUAUUCAAAACAUAUUACCAUAUAAGAUAAGUGCAUAUUUAAUAUCCAAUGCAGCUCAUAUAAUUACUCAUAAAUUAUUAAAAUAUUAUAAUGAAAAUAUUGAUAGUAAGGAUAAAAAAAUAUAUUUUUUGCAUACUCCUAGUGGUGAUACUUCAAAAGCUAAUUUAAAUAAAUGGAUAAAAUCUUUUAAUAGUUAUCCAGUUACAGAUAUAAUAGAAAAAUACUCUUAUAAAUGUUUUUACCCAAUAACUCUUAUAUAUGGAAAUGAAGAUACGAUAGUUGAUACAAAGAAAUCAAUAAAUUAUAUGAAUAAAAUUUACAAAAAUAAUUUAAAAAUAAUUACUAAUGACAAAUGGUCUCAUUUAGAUCCCUUGUGGUCAGAUAAUAAAAAAAUAGUUAUAUCUUGUAUUUUAAAAGAUUUAGAAAAAAACUAA